AUGAUCUUCAAGCCUGCUUCUGGGUAUACCCCGGUGAUUUUGACAAAGAAAAAGGUCCAAGGAAACUAUUUAAGAAAUAGCUUUUUUGCCCCAGUGAACCGUGAAGCCGUGGCUCAAGGAGAGAAGAAAAUUUGCCAAGAGUUUAAAGGUCGUGUCCAAUUCAAAGUGCAUGAUUUCUUUAAAGAACAGCCCGUCAAGGAUGCCGAUGUCUACCUACUGCGGCACACUCUACAUGACUGGUCAAACAAGUAUGCCAUAAAGAUUCUGAAGGGUUUGAUCCCCGCAUUGAAGUAUGGAUCGAAGAUUGUCAUAAACGACAGAAUAAUUCCAGAUUUCGGCGAGACACAUUAUCUUCUAGAACGUGAAUCUCGGGACUUCGACUUUUAUAUUUUCGCCCUCACGAAUGCACAGGAGCGGACACUUUUGGACUGGGAGAACCUUCUCCGGGAUACCGAUCCUCGGUUGAAGAUGACACGCGUGGCUAGGCCAAAAAAGUCUUUGUUGAUUUGUCUUUGGAGAAUUCUCAUGAUUGUUAGAAGAUGGGGAAGCAGUGCUGGUGUUAUGGAAAUGUAG